CUGCUGGUCUCUGCGCACCUGCGCGAGUGCGGAUAGCGUGACCGAUGGCGGAAACCAAACCCUAGCGAGACCCUAUCCGGCACCAUGGUGGGUCGAGAACACCGACGCUCCUCCUCCUCCGCCUUCUUUUUCUGCCUCGCCUGCCUACUCUGCUUCCUAGGUAUCGCCUUCGGGUCGGGCGACGCUGGCGAUUUGGAGCUCCUGAUGUCAUUCAAGGCCGCGGUCGCCAACCCUCAGCUGCUCCCCAGCUGGGACCACCUCGGCGGUGGCCCCUGCUCCUUUUCCGGCGUCAUCUGUAGCCCCGGCGGCCGCGUCGCAGGUGUCGUGCUGCAGGGCGUCUCACUCGGCGCCGACUUCCGCGCUGUGUCGUCCUCAAUCCUCGCCCUCGGUGGCCUCGAAAGCCUCUCCCUACGUGCUGUGAACCUCACUGGGGCCCUUGACGGUGGCCGGUGCGGCGGCAGGCUCUCCGACAUCGAUCUCUCCGGCAACGGCCUCUGGGGUUCCCUCGCCGAGAUCUCCUCUCUCGCCGCGGCUUGCCCCGGGCUGAGAUCGCUCAAUCUCUCUGGCAACUCCGUCGGGGUUCUGCCGGCUGCUGCAGUGAAAGAUGGUCAUGUCGUCGUCGGGUUCGAGAUCGAGACGCUCGACCUCUCCUUCAACAAGGUCUCCAGAGAGGACGAACUCCGGUGGCUCCUCUCCAACCUGGGCUCUGUCCGCCGCCUUGACCUGGCCGGGAACCGCUUUUCCGACGGGAUUCCGGCCAUUCCCAACUGCUCCUACCUUCAGCACCUGGAUCUUUCGAUGAGCGGCCUCUCCGGCGAGAUCAGCGUCGGGGUCUUCAGUGGCUGUCGGAGCUUGACCUACUUGAAUCUCUCCUCCAACCACUUAACCGGUACCCUCCCCUCCGACCUCUCCUCCUGCACUUCCUUGGUCUCUCUCAGUCUUUCCAACAACAACUUCUCCGGCGAGUUACCCCUCGAAACCCUGAUCUCGAUGCCGCAUCUCAAGACCCUUGAGCUCGCCUUCAACAAUCUCACCGGCAGCCUCGGCGACUUGAUCACCAAGAUGCCGAUGCUCGAAGUGCUCGACCUCAGCUCCAACUCUUUGACGGGAUCGAUCCCCUCGGAGUUGUGCCCGAGCCCAAUCUUCGGCUUGGAGACGCUCUACUUACAGAACAACCAGCUCACUGGCCGCAUCCCAGAGUCGCUGAGCAAUUGCACCAAGCUCGUCUCCCUGGAUGUCAGCCUCAAUUACAUUGGCGGAGCCAUUCCUUCCACGCUCGGCUUGCUCCCUUCGCUUUGUGAUCUCAUCAUGUGGCAGAAUUUGCUGGAGGGUGAGAUCCCACCGGAACUUUCCAAUAUCCGAACCCUCAAGAACCUCAUCCUUGACAACAAUGACCUCACUGGGUCGAUCCCUGCCAACCUUGUCAAUUGCACUAGCUUGAAUUGGCUCUCUCUGUCGAGCAACCGCCUGAGCGGAUUGAUCCCCUCAUGGAUUGGCCAGCUUCGCAAUUUGGCCAUUCUCAAGCUCGGCAACAACUCCUUCUCCGGUUCGAUCCCUCCUGACCUCGGGGAUUGCAGGAGCUUGAUAUGGCUGGACCUCAGCAACAACCAGCUCAACGGAUCGAUUCCCCCAGCCCUGGCCGACCAGUCUGGCAAGAUUGCGGUGGGCUUGGUCACUGGUGAGCCUUACGUGUAUCUGAAGAACGAUGGCACCAGUGGAUGCCGUGGAACAGGCAAUCUACUCGAGUUUGGCGGGAUCCGACCAGAGGACCUCGAUCGAUUGCCCAGCCUACAGUUUUGUAACUUCACGAGGGUCUACAAGGGGAUUACCCAGUAUACCUUCAAUAAUAAUGGCUCGAUGCUCUUUCUCGAUCUCUCUUACAAUCAGCUCAGUGGAGAGAUCCCCAAAAAGUUCGGCAGCAUGUACCACCUUCUGAUCUUGAACUUGGGCCACAAUAUGCUCUCUGGUCCGAUACCACCAGAAUUGGGGAGCUUGCGGUAUGCUGCAGGGUUGGAUCUCUCUCAUAAUGCUCUUGAGGGGCCGAUUCCACCAUCGUUCUCCGGCCUUGCAAUGUUGUCCGAGAUUGAUCUCUCAAACAAUAAGCUCAAUGGGUCUAUUCCUGAACUAGGUCAGCUGGCGACCUUCCCCCGGUACCGCUACGAGAACAAUUCAGGCCUCUGUGGGUUUCCUCUCCCAUCUUGCAAGGACCUUGCUGGGCCUAAAUCAAGCACCCAACACGGGAGGUCUCACCAUGGUCAAGCCUCUCUUGCUGGGAGCAUUGCAAUGGGAUUGCUUUUCUCCCUGUUCUGCAUUUUUGGUCUAGCCAUAAUCAUAAUUGAGACAAAGAAGAGGCGAAAGGAGAAAGACAACAGUAACUGCUCAAGGGACAUUUAUUUUGAUAGCCGAUCUCCCUCAAACACCACCAGUUCGAACUGGAAGCUGACUGCCACCAAGGAUGCAUUGGCUAUCAACCUUUCCACAUUUGAGAUGCCUCUCAAGAAUCUCUCUUUUGUGGAUCUGGUUGAGGCAACCAAUGGCUUCCACAAUGACUUCCUGAUAGGUUCUGGUGGAUUUGGUGAUGUUUACAGAGCCCAGCUGAAGGAUGGUAGUGUUGUUGCCAUCAAGAAAUUGAAACAUGUGAGUGGGCAAGGUGAUCGAGAGUUCACAGCUGAGAUGGAGACCAUUGGGAAGAUCAAGCACUGCAACCUGGUUUCCCUUCUGGGCUACUGCAAAGUUGCAGAAGAGCGAAUUUUGGUCUAUGAGUACAUGAAAUAUGGGAGCCUAGAAGAUGUGUUGCAUGACUGCAAUAAGGUAAAAAUCAAGCUGAAUUGGGCAGCGAGGAGGGUAAUUGCUCUGGGGGCAGCCAGAGGUUUAGCAUUCUUACACCAUGACUGCAUUCCUCACAUAAUUCACAGAGAUAUGAAGUCCAGCAAUGUUCUUCUUGAUGACAGCUUGGAAGCCCGGGUCUCAGAUUUUGGCAUGGCGAGACAGAUGAGUGCAGUGGACACACACUUGAGUGUGUCUGCACUAGCAGGUACACCUGGCUAUGUCCCACCCGAAUACUAUCAGAGCUUUCGAUGCACCACCAAUGGCGAUGUUUACAGCUAUGGUGUUGUCUUGCUCGAGCUGCUCACUGGAAGACGGUCGACAGGCUCCACAGACUUUGGAGACAACAAUUUGGUGGGGUGGGUGAAGCAGCACUCAAAGCUCAGAAUAAGUGAUGUAUUUGACCCAGAGCUACUGCAGGAGGACCCGCACCUGGAGCUGGAGUUAUUAGAGCACCUUAAGAUCGCUUGUGCCUGCCUUGAUGAUAGGCCGCUGAGGCGACCCACAAUGCUAGAGGUGAUGACAAUGUUGAAGAGUGUACAGGCAGGUUCAACUGUGAACACCAUGUAUUCAGCCCCUGCAGCCUCGAAUGGGGGCUGCUGUGACGGGGAUAUGACCCUGACGGACGGGAGAGAAGCAAAAGAGUAGAGAAGGGGAUAAAUUCAAGAGGACAGAAUCUUUCUGCAGGAAGGAGCUGAUUGCCUUCACAAAGGCUCCCCGGACAAAUAUGGUCUGUAGCAGUGAGAGAAAAGCGGGGCGGCGGGUCGCUGGUGGCUGCUUGCUCUGCACACUUGCAUGGAGGACAUGGAGGAGCAGGAAGGCACAAGGACCAAUGGGAGAAAGCAUCAAAGCCACGCCCAAGUAUGAAUCAUGCUUUCAAGGAGUAGAUUGUGUCAGGUACCACACAAAUCUCUGGCCUUCUCGCCGAGUGGGUAUGCAUCUCUUUCCAUUUAUGUUCCCUGGUGUUUGUCAAAGUUGAUGUCGACUAGAUAUUAGAUCCUAUUACAGAACAUUUGAACAUGUAUCAUCCCAAGGUAAUAUUAUCUCUUCCAAAUGCAUGGCUGAGGAUUUUUUUA